AACUUUUAGUAGUUGAUAAGAAUAUUUAUAAAAAACUUCUCGUUUAUAUAAUUGUUAGAAUUAAAAUGAAAUAAAAAUCUAACCUUUGCUCAAUUAUAAAUAUUGGAUGGAUGUAUAAAAUAUUUCUUAUUAGACUCACGUAAUAAACAUUUAAAAUUAUAGAAUCUAAUAUGGGUGGCCAUGGACACGAACAUGAUACUGUUAAAAUACCUUCUCCUGACUCUUAUAAGAUAGAAAAAUUUCCAACGUUAGUAAAAUUUCAAGAACGUUUAACAAAGGAAGGUUUAAAAGAUCCUUGGUUAAGAAAUGAGGCAUGGCGUUAUCAUCCUAAUUAUAAAACAAAAGCACAACGUACAAUGAUGUUUUGCUUCAGAGGAUGGAAGCUUGGUAUUCCAGCAUUUUUAAUAACUAUAGGAAUUGAACAAUUGUUGGCAAUGGGUAAAAAAGAUGAUCAUGGUCAUGGUGAUCAUCAUUAAUAUAAUUAUAUAUAUGAAAUGCAAUAGUUGAUAGACCAUUAAGCGGUACUACAAGUGUAGAAAUACAAAAAUAAAUAAUAUAAAUAAAUGUUUCGGUAAAUAUUCGUUAAAUAAUUAUUUCUCUUUAUUUAUUUUUUGCGUAAGUAAAUAAAAUGUUAUUUAUAAAAAAAGAAGCUAUGUAUGCAUUAUAUACUUUAGUAUUUUAAUAUAGUAAAAAAAAGGUAUAUCUUAUAAGUUAUAUUGACUGUUAGUCUAUCAUAGUCUAUUACAUUAAAAAUCUUUCAUCUAAUAAUGUUUUACUGCUUAAAUUUUUUCUUCCACUGUAUUUAAUAAUUACAACGAAUAAUUGCGAGAGUAUAAAUGUAAUAGCAGCAGCUAAUACAUAAUUAUCAUAUAAAGUCAACACAAAAAGAAAUAUUGUAAUUUCAAAUGUACCCAUCAACCAUUCAUUCCCGUAAAGUAUUACUUGACUGAAUGAAUAAUCAUUAUCUGAAAUAAAAUUAUAUAACAAAUUA